UGAAAAAAAUUACGUACAUACAUAUUGUGCUAAACGUAUGAAAGAAGAUAAAAUAAAAUUUUUAAAAUGGAGCCAGGAACAUUGACUAAGGUUCUGCAAGACUUUUUAACGACGGUUGACGGGGAACUCAGUUUGUUGAAGGGAGAUUAUCUAUUGGUUCUUUCAGUCGUUGAUAAGAUUUGGUGCUACGGUCAGUCGCACAACAACACUGGGAAAUUCCCAACAAAUUAUUUGCACAAAGUUGACAUACCGGAUAUCAAGGAUAACGAAAAUUUGUACAUAUCCAUCGCUGCCUUCCGAGGAGAACAGCCUGGCGAUCUUUCGUUUUCAAAAGGGGAAAUAAUUGUUGGGGUGAACGAAGCGGAACAAGGCUGGAUAUCCGGAUACACCGAUUCACACAGUGGAAUUUUUCCUGCCACUCAUACUUGGAAAUUGGAUACCGCUCUGAUUAAGAAAGGAGUGAGAAGACAAAUAUCACGACGAAAGGCUAAAGUAACGGCAAAUCUAGAAGCUCAGCUAGACGAAGAGUUGGAUCUAACUAAAGGCACUAUAGUAACAGUAACGGAAAUCUUGGAGGACGGAUGGUGUCGCGGUGAAACCGAAGAUGGUAGGACCGGUAUUUUUCCUCAAGGAUUUGUCGAGUUUCUAGAAGGUCUGAGCGACGAGUCGAUCGAUGAUCAGGAAUCGAUGACAGCCGCAAGACUCGAUCCUCUCCUUCAAAAAAAAUUUGGCAAAGACUCAGCCAUGCACUACGACGAAGAACCUGCGCCUUGCUAUUACGAGCUAUUUCCGGAGUUCGCCGCUGAGGAUAAAAACAGCGAUGACAAGGUGAAAGGGAAAAUUGAUGACUAUGACGUUCCUGUCGACAACAAUCUCAAUCCUUUCGGCGUUGAUCCGUAUGCGAUAACGCUAUAUCCAUUUAACGCUCAGUUUCCCAACGAACUGAGCUUCACAGCCGGAGAAGUUGUGCGCUUAAUAAAGCAUAAGGAUUCAGAAUGGGCAGAGGGAUCGAUAGACAAUGUGAAAGGCAUCUUCCCUGUCUCCUACGUUAACAUAAUCGUGGACUGUCCGAACAGUGUAGAACCAUCGCCAUCGAAAUCUGCGGAAGAUGAAGAAGCAGCAGUGGAGUUGGAGGCGGCUUCUAAAGCAGGAGAUUCGCUGGUACCCGGAGUCGUUGUUAAAGUAGAAUACAAAUUCGAGGCCCAGAUGGACGGCGAUUUGAGUGUUAACGAAGGUGAUUUUGUUACGGUCGUAGAAAUGGCAAACUGUGAUUGGGUCAGCGUUAAAAAUGAGGAUGGAGUUGUAGGUCUUUGCCCGAGGAGCUAUUUGAACGCCAAUUUCGACUCUCAAAGUGAGCAAGAAAACUCUGCGGACGAGUUUGUUGUGCUGAGAAAUGAGGAGGCGGUAGAAGAAUUGAAAUUUGAAGAUCGUUUCGAUAGCAAGAGGCUCUCCUUUCCUCACAGACCUGCACCACCGGCUCCAGCGCCGGGCCGAGUCCCACUACAGCGACAAACUAUGACUGUCGAAACUCAAGAGGAAACUGUCGAGGACGUAGAGGAGUCGGAAGCUGAGAGCAGAAUUAAAGCCAAACAGAAGAGAGCCGAUCAUCGACAAAAUGUUAUAACCGAGCUGGUGAUAACGGAGAAGGAGUAUGUUAGAGAUUUGAAGUUGACUUACGAAACGUUUAAUCUGUAUAAUCCAAGCAUACUCGAAUCCCGGGGUAUAGAUGUUACCACUUUGUUCGGAAACAUGCUGGAUGUGAUUAAAAUCGCCGAGGAUCUAUUGGACAAGAUGCUGUCGGCUAUGAAAGGCUGCGACGAGGAAUACCAGACCAUUGGACCCUGCUUUUCAAAAAUGUCUGAUAAACUGCAGGUCGUCUACGUCAAAUACUGCAGCAAUCACGAGGCUGCGUUGGCUCUAUUGAAAAAAUACGAGAACAACUCUGAAAUUAUGGUGAUGUUUGAAAAGGGUAUCGAAACAUUGCGCCAUCAGAUAGCCUGCUUCGACAUGAGUUCAAUUCUGAUAAAACCUGUACAAAGAAUAUUAAAAUAUCCGUUGAUGUUGUACGAACUUGUGAAGUGCACAGAAGACGAUCAUCCUGAUAAACCGGAAAUAGAAGAAGCUUGGCGAGCCAUGACAAACGUUGCGAGCUACAUAAACGAGUAUAAACGUCGCAAAGACUUGGUGACAAAGUAUUUCGAGGGUGAGAAUACGUUGAUGCGUAAAAUGGCUAAAUUGAACAUGCACUCCGUGGCGAAGAAGUCGACCAGACUCAGUGCAAAGCUUUCUGCAUCGUUGGGCUUGACGAACAUAGCACUUGAUACUGACUUUGAUGAGUACGAAAGACAGUUUAAAUCCCUUGAAAAAUCAACCUGGCAAUUGGCCAGGGAUGUUGAGCAGUGCAUUGUUUACUUAGGCGAAGAAGCAGUCAGCGGUCAAUUGAUAUCGGAUUUGAUAAAUCAGUAUUACCAAGGAACGUCUAACAAUGAGGUCAGGAAAUUUAACGAAACUCGCUCUAUUAUAUGGUCGACCUAUUUACAAGAGCUGAAAUCUUGCCUGGAAAGAAGAGUCUCGACUCCUCUCAACCACUUGAUCAACUUACUCCAAGGCCCAGCGUUACUUAUUGAAAAAAGAUACGACAAACUUCUGGAUUAUGAUGUCGCAGUUUCCAAGAACGAAAAGAAUAGAGAUAACAAGAUUUUUCAGGACGAACUACUUCGCGCAAAAAGCAACUACGAGGCACUCAACGAACAAUUGCUAGAGGAACUUCCGACCUUGAUCAAGGUAUCAACUAAAAUACUGGUCAGUUGUUUCGGUGCCUUUACCAACUCCAGAAAACUCCUUAGUGGACAAGUUACCAAACGAUAUUUAGCGUUAUCAGAGACGGCAACUCAAAUAACGGCUCAGGAUAUUCUCGAGUCAUUUUUAGUCAGUCACAAUUUACUCUGGAAUCAAAUAACUCGGUUCGGUUUUGCCGGCUCAAAUCCCCGGAUAGAGGAGAGCCAGGUGGCAUGGAACGAACAAAGCGAGAGGCAAAGAAAUCUCUUACGAAGCAAAUAUCCUACGGACAGACUGUACGUAGUCAAAGAAAACGUGGUAAGCACGUCUUCCUUGGACAUGGGAGCGAAACGAGGCACCAUAGUGGCUGUAAUUAAGAACCAGGAUCCAAUGGGAGAUUCGACAAGAUGGUUUGUCGACAACGGAGCACUCAAAGGUUUUCUACCGAGCCAAAACUUAGAGGUGCUGCACCGCAUGUCAUGCGUCAACAGUAUGAAUGGAAAUAGAGCAUCAAUGAGUCCAGACACAAUAGCGGACUCCAUAUCCUUGGACUCGUCGGAAGUCAUUCGCACAGAGUCACCGGACCUCAUCUGCAUGGACUCGCCAGAGAAAGAAAGUAAAACUUCUUCGAUAGCGGAAAUACAGUCGCAAUUUUAUCAAAACCUGGAUGACGCUGUUGACGAUUCUCAAAACGAUACUACAACUGGCAGUACCAGUGUCCCGCAACAUUACCAAAACCUAAAUGACGUUUUUUAUUACGCGCUCUACAAUUUUGACGGCGCAAUGCAGGGCACUUUACCUAUAAAAAAGGGCCAGGCGUUAAGACUCUUGCGGCCUUGUGAUGAAAAGAAAAACGAUGAGUGGUGGUUGGUUCAAGAUCGCUCUGGAGCUUCUGGUUAUGUUCCUAAGAAUUAUCUCGGCCCCCCUGAGGCAUUGGCAUGAUUGAUAAUGCUCGUG